UUGAUUGUUUUCCCCUUUUCGUCUCAGCCGAAUUUUGCCGGCUCGUACUUGGUACAAAAAUAUGGCCCUGCUUUUACGGUUAUCUAGUCAACGUCCCGUUUUUUCGAGUGUCCUCCAGUCAUCCCGUCAUAUUUUUGGGGCCCACUUCAGUACUGACACACAACCACCUAGCGAUUGGAAGGAUGUGUCCGAUCCGGAAGCACCUGCGAGCGCGAAGGUCGGAGGUUUUGCCAAAGCCUAUCAGAAGCACAGCGAAUCGCUACAACAGGAACCUGCGAAUGAGCCCCCGAAAACGUUUGCUUCACUGCUGCGAAACUCCAAAUUUGUCGAUUUAGGUGACGCGGAAGGAAAGAUUGUGACCGGCAAAAUAUUCCACGUCGUCGAGAACGACCUAUACAUUGAUUUUGGAUGGAAGUUUCACUGCGUUUGCACCCGGCCCGCGAAAAACGGCGAGGAUUACGUUCGAGGAGCACGGGUUCGGAUGCGCGUGAAGGACCUUGAGCUGUCAACACGGUUUUUAGGAUCGAACAAGGACCUUACCCUGCUCGAAGCCGACUGCCAGCUUCUAGGGUUAAUAUCAUCGCCUGCCGCACGAUCCCGUGGCCCGGAGCUUGCCAAAUGAAUCGUUGCACGAAAAAUAGAGUCGGUCGCAGUUAUUAGGGCAUAGCGUUA